AUGCCACUCAUCCGAGGUCGCGAUGCUUCACUUCGAAGGAAUAGUCGCAAGAUAGGUAGGUACAUUCCUGUUUCGACUACCUUCCCAUCUACCAAAAGAGCCCGAGCUUCUCCAUACAUCACGACCAUCAUGCCUCCCCAAACUAAUGGAACCCCACCAACCGUCAAGAAGGUUGGCUAUAUCGGCUUGGGCAAUGCCGGUUUCUCAAUGGCAUCGAACUUGCCGAAGGCUGGCUACAAUGUGGUAGUGCACGAUGCAGACGAUGCGAAAGUCCAGAAAGCGGCAUCGGAGUGGUCGAACACGACAGCUGCCAAUGGCAAGCCAGAAGCCUUUGCGGAUUGCGAGAUCAUCGUCACUAUGCUUCCGCAGGGCAAGAUCGUGCGGGAAGUCUUGCUAGGCAAGGACAACUUUGCGCGAGCACUGAAACCUGGCACGAUCAUCAUCGACACGUCUUCGUCCUCACCGUUCGACACGAUUGCUUUGGGGAAAGAGCUUGCCGAGCACCAGCUGAAGCUGAUCGACAGUCCGAUCACGCAAACUUAUAUGCAUGCUACAGACAACGGCGAGUCUACCCUCAUGGUUGGUGCAGAUGACGAGCAAGACUUUAAGAAGGCGGAGCCCAUCAUAGGGACAAUGGCUGGGUAUGUCUUCCACAUGGGUAAGCUUGGAAACGGACAUGCAACGAAGACAUUGAACAACUACAUCAUGGCAUCUUCGAUAUGUGCGCUGGCAGACAGCUUGGUCACUGGUCAGAAAUACGGCCUGGAUCCGCAACAAAUGAUCGAUGUGCUCAAUGUUGGCACGGGCGUGUGCUUUCCGACCCUUGAUACGUUUCGCAGAGACGGUUUGACCGGGCGAUACAAUAGUGGGUUUGGACUGGCAUUGUUGGUGAAAGACUUGAGUAUCACCGAGGAAUUCAUGCAACACAACGGCUUUCAGACAGACUUGCCGGCCUUGACGAGGCGAUAUCUGGGCGACGCUUUCAAGGAGGUCGAGCCGAUGGCGGAUCACACCGAGGCUCUUGUAGGCUGGGAGAAGAGAAGUGGCGUGCAGCUGAAGAAGACGGAGAAGGCCGAGGAUAUUCCUCAGAAGGACUUUGAUCACAGGCUGCAAGGGCUGAAUCGUCCGUCGAACAUAUAG